AUGGCUACAAUCCGACAUGCGCGGCGGGAAGACGCCCCCGUCAUCCUCGAACUCAUCCAGGCCCUUGCCAACUACGAAAAAGAGCCGGAUGCAGUCGAGGCCACGGUCGAGUCACUCGAGAGGACAAUUGCCUUUGCGCCGUCCGAUUCGACCGGCAGCGAUGCCGCGAUUCCCGACACGGAGGCCAUCACCCCCGACCGGCCAUCUCGCUGUUUGUUGCUGUUCUCUCCCGAGGGAAAAGCCGUCGGAAUGGCGCUGUAUUUCUACAACUACAGCACGUGGCGGUCCAAGGCUGGCAUCCAUCUGGAGGAUCUUUUCGUCCAGCCAUCUGAGCGUGGGUGCGGGUACGGCAAGAAACUGCUGGUCGAGCUGGCGAGGCAGGUCGUCGCCAUGAAGGGCGGAAGGCUGGAAUGGGUCGUGCUCAAGUGGAACGAGCCCAGCAUCAGGUUUUAUGAGAGCAUUGGAGCGCAGUUGUUGGACGAGUGGGUUGGCAUGCGGGUUGACGGAGAGCGGCUGGAGAAGUUGGCACACUCGCUGGAUUAG